AUGAACGUGACCGCAAGCGGCAGAGGCCGCAUUCCCCUCACCUGGCUCCUUCCACCUCGCUUCGGCGCCGACGCGCCCGCCUCGCUCAACUACGGCGGCUUCGCCCUCGAACUGGUCACAGCCCUCCUCCGUGGAGCGCCGCUGGGCCAGUCUUGGCUGGGGUGCCUGCAGUCCAACGAGCCUCUAGUCGGGCCCGGCAACGACUGGGCUCGCUUGGCUCUGGCCACCGAAGUAGUGGCAGCGUUCGUCGAUCGACACUAUGAGGUGGGCCAGCUGCUUGCACUUCCCGGACUGGAAUUCCUGAGCGAAGACAUGCUCUUCUUCAUCUCAGCCUGCGCUGGCAUGUGCGCCAAGGGAGAACCAGGCGCCCGCUACCGCUGCCACGUCGUCGCGAGUAGCUCGCCGAACUUUGCACGAGCCUUCGGCUGUACGCGCAGUAACCGCUUGAGCCCCAAGAAGCGCUGUCCGUACUCGAACCGAACGAGGAAUGGCCAGUAAAAAAAGAUGCUUGUU